GCGACUUGUCCGUACACUGACUCCUGUGCCGACGCAUUCUUUCAGGGAGCUGCAAUCCGAGUGACCACCGAUGGUCGGCACCGUUCGUCCGCACGAUGGACAGAGGCCUGAGGAAUGUGCUCGUCGUCUCCCUGGGGUUUCUGCUUCUCUUCACCGCCUACGGAGGCCUCCAGAGCCUGCAGAGCAGCCUGUACCGUGAGGAGGGCCUGGGGGUGACGGUGCUGAGCACCCUCUACGGCGCCGUGCUCCUGUCCUCCAUGCUGCUGCCGCCGCUGCUCAUCAGGGUGCUGGGCUGCAAGUGGACCAUCGCCGUCUCCAUGAGCUGCUACGUCACCUUCUCCCUGGGCAACUUCUACGCCAGCUGGUACACCCUGAUCCCCACCUCCAUCCUGCUGGGGCUCGGAGCAGCCCCACUCUGGUCUGCUCACUGCACCUACCUCACGCUCGUGGGCAACAGCGACGCGGAGAAGGCGGGCAAAGCGGGCAAGGACGUGGUGAACCAGUACUUCGGCCUCUUCUUCCUUAUAUUCCAGUCGUCCGGGGUGUGGGGCAACCUGAUCUCGUCCCUGGUGUUGGGCCAGACACCCACUCAAGAUCCCAUUCCAGAGGAGCAGCUCCUGUCCUGUGGGGCCAGCGACUGUCUGAUGGCCACAGCGCCCACUAACAGCACCCAGAGGCCCUCCCAGGAGCUGAUCUACACCCUGCUGGGCAUCUACACAGGAAGCGGUGUCCUCGCCGUCCUGCUCGUGGCGACGUUUCUCGACCCCAUAAGAGACGCUCAGCAGAAAGGUGAAGGAGAGACAGUGCCGUCUGUCAGGUCCACCCUGCUGUCCACCUUCAAGCUGUUCAGAGACAGACGCCUGUGUCUCCUCGUCCUGCUCCCCAUGUACAGUGGGUUCGAGCAGGCCUUCCUGGCAGGAGACUACACGAAGUCCUACACCACCUGCGCCCUGGGCAUCCAGUUCGUGGGCUACGUGAUGAUCUGCUUCGCGGCCACCAACGCGCUGUGCUCCCAGCUGUACGGGAAGGUGGCCCAGUACACGGGCAGGAUCGCGCUCUACACCUUCGGUGCAGCCACCCACCUGGCCUGCAUCGUCACCCUCCUGCUGUGGAAGCCGAACCCCGACCAGCUGGCCGUGUUCUUCGUGCUCUCCGGCCUUUGGGGCAUGGCGGACGCCGUGUGGCAGACACAGAACAACGUCCUCUACGGUGUCCUGUUUGACAAGAACAAGGAGGCCGCCUUUGCCAACUACCGCCUCUGGGAAGCGCUGGGGUUCACCAUCGCCUUUGGGUACAGCACCUUCCUGUGCGUCAGCUCCAAGCUCUAUGUCCUCCUGGCCGUCCUGAGCCUGGCCAUGCUGGCCUACGCGGCCGUCGAGUGUCUGGAGGCCAAGACCCUGCCCCGGCCCCCCGCUGUGGAAGGGACCAGACUGGCCGAGCGCGGAGAAACGCAGACAGAGCUGUGACGGCGCCACCACCGGGCCAGGGCUGGCCCGAGCGCCUCGGGCACCGUCCCUUCUCCGCAACGAUUUUAGCGCCAGGUGGCCGUUCCCAAGACGGACACGGUUUUAUUUUUUUAUGUAAUUUUUUUCUAGUCUGUCAGAGUUUCAGUCCAUGAAGCGUCUACAUGAGAAAGAAAUCGAUUUCAGAUACAAAAGAAAAUGUAGGGUACGAUCCGCCGACAGGAAC